CGCGGGUGCUCAUCGUGGGCGCCGGGCUGACGGGCAGCCUGUGCGCGGCGCUGCUGAGGAAAGAGACGCCCCGGCCUGUGCACCUCACGGUGUGGGAAGAGGCCGGGGACUCAGAAUCCUUGUUUUCUCAGGAAACCUGAGUGCAAGAGUGAAAGCAUUCCUUGACUGAUGCAUCCUGACAUGUCAUUCGUUGUGUCGUUUUAUUUGAUCCAUUCAUCCGUUCUUUAAUGAAUCAUGGGAGUCCGUGCUCCCGGCUCCGAGCUGAACAACGCUUGCCGCCCCAUUCUUGUGCCCUCUUUGAGAAAGGGCCUCAGGGUGACCAAAUAGUCUCUGGACUGCUUUCUGACCAUGGGGGGAGAAUGGCUACGGCCCGGAGUCCUUGCAAUCCACAGAGCACCGUUGACUUGGGAGCCCAGUACAUCACCCGCACUCCCCAUUAUGCUAAAAAACACCAAAGUUUUUAUGAUGAACUGUUAGCUCACGGCAUUUUGAAACCUCUGACCUCUCCAAUUGAAGGGAUGAUAAUGAAAGAAGGAGACUGUAACUUUGUGGCACCUCAAGGGCUUUCUUCAAUCGUUAAGCAUUACCUGAAAGAAUCAGGUGCCGAGGUCUCCUUCCGACACCGUGUGACCCAGAUCAACCUGAGAAAUGACAAGUGGGAAGUGUCCAAGGAAACAGGUUCCCCUGAGCGGUUUGACAUCGUUGUCCUCACGAUGCCGGUUCCGCAGAUCCUGCAGCUCCGAGGUGACAUCGCAAACUUAAUUAGCGAAUGCCAAAGGCAGCAACUGGAGUCUGUGCGCUACUCUUCUCGCUACGCUCUGGGCCUCUUUUAUGAAGCUGGCACGAAGAUUGAUGUCCCUUGGGCUGGACAGUACAUCACCAGUAAUCCCUGCACACGCUUCAUCUCCAUCGAUAAUAGGAAACGCAAUAUAGAGUCAUCAGAAGUGGGACCUUCCCUGGUGGUUCACACCACUGUCCCAUUUGCAGUCACAUACCUGGAGCACAGCACUGAGGAUGUGCAGGAGCUAAUCUACCAGCAGCUGGAAAGCAUUUUGCCAGGUCUGCCUCAACCAGUUGUCACCAAAUGCCAGAAAUGGAGAUAUUCCCAGGUUGACUUGAAAAAGAAGACAGGGGAAUCAUCUUGUCGGUAUAAUUUGAAGCUAGAUACAUUACACAGUCAUUUGGCAAUUUAUAAAUACUCCUUUAAAAGAAACAAUAGUUUGCGAGUUUCUUCUUGUGAUUUCUGCAAAAUAAUAAACUUAAAAGAUGGGCUCAAACCACCUUAUGUCUUCAAAUUUAAUGCAUUAAUAGAAAUAGAUUUGUCCUAACCACAAAAUGACCUAUUCAAAGUUGUGCAAUAUCACAAAAUUUAAUAAAAAAUAUCUGAACACAAAGUACAUCCAAGCCGGAGCAAUGAUUUUUAUUACAAUUUGGAUGUUCUCUCUUGAAAUUGUCCCAGUGCGUUUACAGCUCUGUGUCAUGAAAUCUACAUUGGCUGCAGGGUCUAAAAGGGAGUGAGCUGUUUCAUUUAAACUUAGAAGCUUGCAUUUUCUACUCUUCUCCUGUCUACCCUUCUCCUAGUAGCCUGAGGGUACAAAGCAUAACAUUGUCAUUUGUGGCAGAAAUCUUGCCCAUAUUGUGAAAUAGACGAUAGGUAGAUAAGUAGGUAGGUAAGUAGAUGGAUGGAUAGAUAGAUAGAUAGAUAGAUAGAUAGAUAAUCUCCCAUACCACCUUAGAAAAAGGAAUAGGAAUGACAGGUCCAGAGAUAUAAUAGGAUUUAACUAGUUUUCAGUUAUUGUUCCCAAGGGAACAUUUCUCCAGUGCUUUUCAAAGGUCCGUCAUAACCUUUGAAAGCUGACAUCAAUGUAAGCACCUGUUAUUCCCUCACUGUCCCGGAACACCUGAGCUACCUUCAACAAGUUCAUGGAUGUAUGUGCAUGACUAUGGUCUACCACGUGCAUAAAUGGAAGGGGAGGAUUGUGUAGGGGCAGGGACAAAAAAGAAAGAGGAACAACCAACUUGUUUGGAAGUUCCCUUCAUUUCUGAGCAGCAGUGUAGUCCCCAUAAUGGGGAGAUCCCACCCCUAUUUUCUUCCAGCCUGGAUCCCACCCUGUUUCUUUUCUUCCUCUUCCUCUCCUGUUCCACCCCAAACAUCUCCUAUCCUUCACACUCUAGCCUCUUCCUUUUCUACCCCUUUCUGCCAAAUGAUAAAGCCCCUCAAACCCUCAUUUUACAAAACCCUAGAGAGACCACAGGAUGGGUGUCCCCUACACCAGGCAGCAGUGAGCGGUGUGGCUUCCCCAUCCUAGACCCCUCGGGAUUGGCUCUUUAGCUCCAUUCAUUUUAUCUUUUCCCUUUUUUCUCUUUCUUUGUGUCCCUGCACUGCAUCCUGCUACCCAGUGGCUGUGAAGGGGAGGGGCAAAGAGGGAAAGAGAGAGCAAUGAUGGGCACCCAGUGUGACAGCCCAGGAGCUGGGCCACUGCGAAAUGUGAUCCCAUUUAGUAUCGGGAGUAGUCUGAUGAGGUGGCUAGUUUUAGCCCACUAUAGCAAUGAGAAAACCAUGAAAUGACCUCCCUAAGGUCCCAUGACUAGUCAUGACAAAGGUAGUCUUCCCAGCCUCUCCGUCCUUCCCUGCUCUUCACGGACCUUCUGUACCAUAGGGCUGUGGCCACAAGCCUCCACAAGCUUAGUAGCUGGAAACGACAUAAAUUUAUUACCUUAAGUUCUGGAGGUCAGAAGUUCAAGACCAGUUUUGAAGUGUGGGCAGGCUGUUUUUCUCUCUGUGGUCUCUAGGAGAGGAUCCAUUUUCUUGCCUGUUGCAGUUUUUGCAAGUUGCCCGCAUUCCUUGGCUCGGAGCCCUUCCCGCACCUCCAGAGCCAGCAGCAGCCGGUCAAGUCCUUGUUGCGCGUCACUAUGGCCCUCGCUUUUGCCCCUACUCUUCCUUUGACGACCUUGUGAUUACUUUGGGCUCUCCUAGAUAAUCCAGGAAAAUCUCCCCAUCCGGGGUCCAAGUGAUUACCAACGUUUAUUCCAGCUGCAACCUUACUGCUCCCUCAGCAUUCACAGAGGCUGGGGAUUAGGAUGCGGCCAUCUUUGGUAGGGGCAGCAUGAUUUCUGUCUGCCACACCCUCUUUCCCCCAGACUCCCCUCGGUACGUUCCUUUAGGAGGCAGUACCUCCUAACCUCAUCAAACCUCUGGGGAGAGCAUCACCCUUUAGGGCUCAAGCCACUCCCAGGAAGUGGCUGCUCUCCCAUGCCCAGGGCUGCCUCUAAUGUGACUUGCCCACGGUGGCAGGGGGCAGUGAAAGAUGUCUGCUCAUUAUUCAUUUGGCUACUCAUUUGCUCAAUAAGCACUUAACAAAUGCCCUCAGCGUGCCUGGGACUCUGCUCAUAGAACCCUGCAGACGAGGAUUUGCUGGUGGCCUCCUAAGACACGAAGUUGAAUUUUUGGUCUUGAGUAAGAAAACGGUGCGUUCUUGUGGGCGCUGCUCUGCCGGGAGAAAAGAGGCGGAUGAAGGAGGAAGGCGUGUGUGAAAGACUUGGGAGCCACUCGGUGCCUCCCAUGUGGGUUCGAAUAACACGCUGGAAUAGGUGGUUUGAACAAACGUAGCGAAGCAAUGGCAGGUUUUCCUGGUUCUUAGUCUUCCCGUUGGUGCUCUUUGCCGUCCAUAAUUGAACUGUUUAUCCAGUUAGUAUAGCUUGAUGUCUAAGCUGGGAUGCAUUGUGUUAAGAUUUCUGUAACUGGUGCGAUUCAUUAGCCCUUUCAGGAGGAGAGUAAUAACUAAAAAUGGCUUCCGGCAUACCAGGAUGGGACGUGGUAAUCAGUUUGAGGACCCCGAAACUCACUCCUAUUUGCUGUGCCUUCCUUUGUUCUGGGGCUCAUCAUGAAGCCUUUCUCAAACUACAGGAAAUGUCUGAUUUGCUUGUGAGUAACUCUGCUUUUCCCCACAUUCUUUAGUCCCCCAAAAUACCAGUGGCCCUUUCCCCCACUUUAUUUGGCGCACCCAUGGAUUAUGUACUUCAAAAAAAAACAAAGCAAAGCAAAACAAAACAAAACACUGAAUGCGUUUUCAAAUACCAAGGAAAUCAAUCAGAAGAGGAAUUUAAGGGGAGGGGAAAGAGAAGAGGGAGGUGGUGAAUGAAUGAGUACAUCGGUAUCUUUGACAAAAUACACGGAUGCGUACGAGCCUCUUAAGCUUUUGCGGCACGAUUAUUAAUAAGGUAUCUUCUGUAGUUACAUUUCUUUACGUGGCCCUUUGCCCUGAGAUUAUGCCUUCUCUCUCCCCAGUGGCAGUCCAUUCAUAUUUUUUUAGAAGAAGCAUGAGUUCUUUAAGAACCUGAUAAAAGCUAUGAGCGUGGAGGUUCCCAUCAUUUCAAAAUAUACACGUACACAUGACCACAAAAAUUGCAUAUAAUUAUGAGGAUUUAUAAGCAACCCAAGGUCCUCCCUCGAGUCCAGCAUUAAGAGCACCUGCUAUAAAUGUUAUACUAGUAUGACCUGCAUAAAUCAAGAGCCCCUCAUGGCCUGGUCUUUUGUUGCGCUCAAAGAAACACCAUUCCGCAACCAAAAGAAAUUUAAAAUACGGGCAUACCUUGUUUUAUGGCACUUGGCUUUAGCGUGUCACAGAUACUGUGUUAUUUACAAAUUUAAGAUUUCUGGCAAUGCUGGGUCAAGCAAAUUUAUCAGCACUGGUUGUUUGUUUGUUUGUUUGUUUGUUUCCCGAUGAAAUUUCCUCACUUCGCGUCUCUGUGUCACAUUUUGGUAAUUCUCACAAUGUCUUCAACUUUUUCAUUAUUAUUAUAUUUAUUGUGGUGAUCUGUGCUCAGUGGUUAGGACUCACUGAGAGCUUAGAUGAUGGUUAACAUUUUGUACCAAUAAAAUGUGUUUAAAUUAAGGUAUGUACAUUCUUAAAGACAUGAUGCUAUUGCAUAAUUAACUGACUACAGUAUGGUAUAAACGUAACUUUCAUACGCGUGAAAAACCAAAAAGUCAUUUGACUUGCUUUA